AUGGUCAAUCAGUGGCGUUUAUUGAAUAUUGAAGCGUACAGGAAACAAUUUGGUAUUGUUCAACAAGAGCCAGUUUUGUUUGAUAUGUCAAUUGAAGAGAAUAUUCGGCUAGGAAAAUUAAAUGCUACAGAUGCUGAAGUAGUUCAAGCAGCAACCUUAGCAAAUGCACAUGAUUUUAUUAUGACGUUAGACGCUGUACAAGCGCUUCAAUUAAUGAAUACUUAUAAUAUAAGCGAACAACUUGUUCAAAAUGCUCUCGAUAAAGCACAAAAAGGACGAACCACGCUUGUUAUUGCACAUCGUUUAUCGACGAUAAGAAAUGUUGAUAAAAUAGUUGUAAUGAAUAAAGGGAAAAUCGUUGAAUCCGGCACUCACGAUGAAUUGAUUAAACAAAGAGGUUUUUAUUACAAUUUAACCGUGUUUCAAGAACAAAGCGAUAAUACUUUAGAUGUAGAACAGGGUGAGUCUUUCAAUUAA